AUGUCGCUACCACAUAAUGGGUCCACCGCUCCAGCUAUAACCUCUCCCGACCUCGCAUGGCCCUCUCGACCUGUUGCACGACCUUCUCCGCUAUCCACUCCCACCUUGUCAGCCGAAUCAGCAGAGUAUCUACAUUCACCCUCUUCCUCAUCUAGACAGGCAAGUAGUAGCAGUACCGCACCGACUACCUUGUCCAGAUCAGGCUCGUUGAAGGGGAAAGAGAAAGCUUUGGAUUUUCAACUACGUAUACAUCCCCAUAAUACCGAAGAGCAGGAAGAACGCGAGGAGAAGGAAAGGAAUUAUGGACCACCUAAGAAACCUCUACCACCCCAUCAAUUGGGUAGGAUCGCUCAAUCAUUCGGUAUCAUCAUACCCAACUUACCUCAGUCUCAGACACAGUCAACACAGGAGACAAGAGUACCGACUAGCCCUUUGUCCACUUCUGCCAUCUCACCCACGUUUCCUUCUGCGUCUUACAGAGGCCGACUAUCACCUUUACCUUUCCAAUCACCCAUCCGAUCCACUCCGUUCUUGCUAUCCGUCAUACCGCCUCUAUGCCUUUUGCCGCCAAAUAAGGACAGUUCAUUUGAAGAGAUCCAUCGCAGGAACAAGAAAUGGAGAAGGGGUAGACUGAUACCGCUUCAGCCUACUUUGGGAUCGAUGUUAGUUUGUAUAGCGAGGGAGUACGGUCUACCUUCAACAAUAGGUAUUGGUGUAUAUUUAGUGUUACCAAAUCAACCUGCGAGGAAAGGUAGGAUCAACGGCUCUUCAUCCUCUUCUGGUGAAUCGAAUUACGAUGAAGAUGAGGGAUCGACAGGACCGAAAAUAUCAUCAGCGACAUGGUCAACACUGUUCUCACCUCACUUGAUCCAACUUGCUCAGGGAGGAGGUGGAGGUAUGAACUCAAGGUCUUCUACACCUUCUCAAACUCCUUUGAAGAACAACGUGUACAGUAAUGAUAUUGGUGACCCAGAAUCGGAAUUCCCUCCUAGUCCAAUAUCAACUUCAAAGAUCAACCCCUCUAGAAACCAUACCAGUAGAAUCAGAAGAUCUAAAUCGACUGAACCGCCUGAACUUGUUCAUUCUCAUUCUUCCAACUUAUCCACAUCGACUUCAUCUUUCUCAGCCAACCUACCUCCUGCACCCGCUUCUCUAGGAUAUACAAGUUUCGCCACGACAAUCUCAUCGACGACUUCACCUAUGAUGAAUCCUAUAGUGGGCACGAUCGAAUUUGAUGUUGAUUUAGAUGAAGCAAAAUGGUUUGAGAGUUAUCAUCUGAGGAAAUCUGGUAGGCAUAGUAAACAUAAACGAUCACUCACAUCUGACAGUGGGAUGAAAGAAUUGAAUUUGGUUAAUAAAGUAUCGGAUGUGAGACCGAGAUUCUUGAAGGAGUUAGACCCGAAUACACCGCAAAUAAAUCAUCAAGAUGAUCAUGAACCGCAAGAGAGUCUCGAGAAGAAUGUGGUAGAAGUGGAUGAAGAUCUGUUGAAGCCACACCCCGAGCAGAAUGACUUACUGGCUAGUCCGAUUGAUCUCUCGGAUCAGAGUACGAGGUUGAAAGUGCAGGAGAUAUUGGAUAAGAGAGGUAGUGGAGUAGUGAUGGCUGAGCAAUUGGAUGAUCUUGAAAAGAUGAUGCGACAACUCUCACCUCGAGAAAUACGCAUAACUUCCCCUAGAUUACUCACACCUCGCAUGGCAGCCAAAGUGGCCAACCUGACUCUACCGGCCGUUCCCAAACGAGGUACUUCCAAGACAGCACCGACCUCAUCGCCGUUAGCGGGAAACUUUACAAAUGGCAAUUCCGAUCCGGAAGAAACAUCACAACCUAAGUCAGCUAGGUCCAACGGAACGUUCGGAUCAGCCAUCGACCUUCAAGAACAACAACAACAACUGUCUACCUCCCAACUCCAAGUUGAACAAGUUGAAGAUAAUGAUAAUGACAAUGAGGAAACAACGUUAGAUAGACCCGUGUGGCCAGCUGUCAAACAUGGUUCACCAGGAUCACCUACCAUUCACGAAUAUUUCUCUCGUCCCAAUUUCCCUCAGAGACAACAACAAGUUCGAAAUGUCUCCUCGCCCGCUUCCAUCCCUGUGGCUAUAUCCGACGAAACUUUGAAACGGAUGAAAGAGAAUGAAGAAUCUCAUAUUGAGCAGAGUAAGAUAUCAUCACAAUCACAAGAGUGGAUUCCUCGUAGACCCGCUAGACCACCUUCACCUAAAUUGGAGAGUAUGCACCAGCGAACUUUAUCGCAUACCCUUUCACCUGAGUUGGUAGAUUUCUUAAACAAAUCUCCACCCCCUGCGGCUGGCGGACAGGGUACGACACCAGAGGAGAAACGAAGGAACAGAUCGGGAAGUAUGAGUUUGAAAGGACUGAGAAAUCAAAUGUCAUCCAAGAAUCUAAGUCAAAUGUGGAAAUCCGGUGAAACGUCUUCGAAUGCGACUUCACCACCUUUACCUAAUGGACAAAAAGAGACGAUUGGAUUGUUCAAAGGUGGUUUACCAACGUCAAAUGGAGAUGAAGGUCACUUUGGGUUUAAUCGAGAUCAAGCGCACUCGGCUUUAGGAGGUGGAAUAAGAAGUGUAUCUAGUCCAACCAAUCCUACGACUGAUUUUGGUGCAGUAUCGCAAAACCAAGAUGAGAGUUCUUUACCAUCGGCCGGUAGUGGGAGUGGGAAAGGGAAAUUCGCUUCUAGGAUAUGGGGAUUUAGACAUCAUUCAGAUAAACAUGAUAAAGAUAAAGAUAGAUCGUCAAAGAUGUCAAGUAAACGCAAUCCAUCUAUUGAUGGUGCUGGAAGUAUAAAGAUCUCUGAACCUAUCGCCGCAAGCUUCAUACACAAAGAAUCGUUCGAUAUACCUCCCAAUAACAACAGCAUUGUACAGCAACAGCAGCAACAAGCUGGAUUGGGACAUGGUAGAUUCCCAUCACACUCUUACGCUCAUGCUACACCUACAAGUCCAAAUCCCAGUGCCAAUCCUGCUAGUCCCAGAAGUAUUAAGAGGAAACCUGUUCCAGGAACCACGACGGAAGAUGGAGAAUCAACGAUGAUGAUCAAGAAUAGUAUGAGUUUAAGUAGUAUGAAUACGUUCGUUUUGGAAGAUGCUCCGAAGGGAAGGAAGAUGAUGGGAUUGGGUAUGGGGCAGGCUCAAUAG